UCUAAGCAAACUCUUAUCUCGACUAUUUCCCUUGUCAUCCCCUUCUUGCUAUUCCCAUAUUAACCCUUACACCCCCUGUUCCGAUCCAGGCCCCGUAUCAGAGGGAGCGGAGCCGCGGUACCGCUGGGCGAACGGCCGCUGCUGCCGAAACCAGCCGGGCGGCGGGAAAAGCGCGGCCCCCGCGCGCCUGAGGGGCGGGCGGCGAGGCGGGGCGAGGCGGGAAGCGAAAGGGCGGCGGUGAGGGGAGGAAGGAGCCGGAGCCAUGGCCGCGGAGCCGGCGGGCCCGGGGGGGCCGGAUCUCCACGCCGUGCCCAUGGCGGCGCUGAACUACGGCGUGAGGCGCCGGCUCGGCCUCUACCUCAACCCGCGGGCGGCGGCGGCGGCGAACGACUGGACGGCGCUGGCCGAGGAGCUGGGCUGCGAGUACCUGGAGAUCCGGCGGCUGGAGGCGCGGCCCGACCCCACCGCCGCGCUGCUGGAGGACUGGCAGUGCCGCUGCCCCGGCGGGGCCACCGUCGGCCGCCUCCUCGACCUCCUGCGCCGGCUGGGCCGCCACGACGUGCUCCUCGACCUGGCCGGCAGCAUGGAGGAGGACUGUAAGAAGUACUUACAGAGGAAGCAGGAGCAGGCCGACCAGCCGCUUCAAGUGCCAGCAGUAGACAGCAGCGUGCCGAGGACGUCGGAACUGAUGGGCAUCACCACCAGGGACGAUCCCUACGGGAACAGAGCAGAGAUGUUUGAUGCCUUCAUCUGCUACUGUCAGAAAGACCUUCAGUUUGUCCAGGAGAUGAUCAGGGAGCUGGAACAAACAGAGUUCAAACUGAAGCUCUGUGUAUUUGAUCGGGAUGUCUUGCCAGGAACAUGUGUGUGGUCCAUCAGCGGAGAACUUAUAGAAAGGAGGUGUCGGAGGAUGGUGGUUGUCAUUUCAGAUGAUUAUCUGGAAAGUGAUGAAUGUGAUUUUCAGACCAAAUUUGCUCUUAGUCUCUCUCCAGGUGCUCGUCUCAAACGGCUGAUCCCAGUCAAGUGCAAAACCAUGAAGAACGAGUUUCCAAGUAUCUUACGGUUCAUUACAAUUUGUGAUUAUACCAAUCCUUGCACCAAAAAGUGGUUCUGGAUGAGACUGGCAAAAUCCCUCAUGCUGCCGUGAUGCAAAGUCCUGAGAGCGAGGCGCCCUUGUGUAAUCCGUCCUGGCUCUGCCGUCGGACCGUGGUGUCGUUCGUGCAGGGUCUUUUACACCUCCAGAACCUGGAUCCUUGCAAUCGGUGUUUGGAGACCGCGACCAGGAGCAGAGAAUUUUCUCCACCACUUUUUCCUAACUUGGAAGGGAAAUAAAGCAACGGUGUGGGUGUUCCUGUUCCAGUCAGCGAACAACAGCAUCCAGGAUUUUGUGUAGUAAGCACUUUCACUGAAAAUACUGAAAAUAUACAUUUAAAGACUGAGUGUCUAAUGCAGGAAAGCUCUGUUGUAAGCACCUAGUAAGACCUCAGAGCCUCAAACUGCAGGAUUUCUUAAACAAAUACUUCCUAUUAUUUUCAAAACGCUUGUCCUGUGUUGGUCAUGUCUGUCUCUGUUCAGGUCACAUUUGAUUAAGUGACCUUAUACCAGGAUUUUAUAUUCCCAGACCUUAUCAAAUGUUUACAAUAGAGCCUUCCCUUAGUAUAAAUUCAGUCUUAAAAUACAGAUUUUCAGUGAAAGUCCUUACUAUACAAAGCACAGGCUGCUGUUGCUCAGACGUGAGCAGGAACAGAGCUGUGCACCUAAGUGGGUCCAAAUCUUAAAUUGUUUUACCUGUAAGAGCCUUCCAAAACACAUCAGCUUUUGGGAUGCCUCAAAGGUAGAGGGAUAAAUACUGAACUUAAGUUUAAAAGAGUGUAUUAAAUUGUCAGCUGAGCUGUUUAAAAUAUAAAAGCUAAUGUUACAUUUAUAAGAAAGAGCAUAUUUUAGUUAACCAUGAUGAUCAUUAACGUAUUUCUGUGACUAAGGCUGGGAGCAACACUGAUAUGCUCAGCUUGUCAGACUUGGCCUUGAAACCUGCAGAGUAACGAGUGGAUCUUACCAGUUCUCUGUGCUUGGGUGUGGGGGGGCAAGAGUUCUGCCCAAAGGAGCAUUUUAAAGCAACCUUUUAGUGUAUUAAAUAGAUUUACAGUAAAUUACAGUAAAUAUUUACUUUCUAAAUUGCAAAGAGAAGAGUCUUGCUUAUGUAUCUGCACUUGCUUGAACUCUGCCACUUUGUUCAUUACUUCA